AGGCUGCAGCAGCUUGUGGCAGACUUUGUCCCUAACUCAGAGCCAGGAGCUGCCCCUGAGAGCAGCCCAGGCCGCAGCCCCCAGCACAGGGACUUCUCCAGCUGGAGCCAGCCCCAGGGUAGCCCUGGACCCUGCAGAGACUGUGUGUGUGUUAACUGCUCCCCUGCGCUGGCUCUCUCUGCUUGGGCUCAGGGAUUGGCAAGGCAAGGGCUCCGCCCAGGCUUUGCAGUGACAGCAGGAAGUGAAACAGGCUGUUGCACUCAGGAAAGUAAAUUUACUUGUCCAGCUGCUCCCCUCUGCCCAGGAGCCAUGGCUGCGGGGGACCUGGCAGGGAGCAUCCAGGAGGAGCUGACUUGCUCCGUAUGUCUGGACUAUUUUGGGGAUCCGGUGACUCUUGGCUGUGGGCACAACUUCUGCCGCGCCUGCAUCGACCAGUGCUGGGGGGAGUCGGAGCCAAACUGCUGCUGCCCCCAGUGCAGGGAAAGGGCCCCGCGGAGACGCCUGCGGCCCAACCGGCAGCUGGGCAACGUGGUGGAGCUGGUGAAGAAGCUGAGGCUGCGGGCAGAGAAGGAGCUUGAGGGGCAGUGCAUGUGCGAGAGGCACCAGGAGCCUCUGAAGCUCUUCUGCGAAGAGGACGAAGCCCCCAUCUGCAUGAUCUGCAGGGAGUCCCGGGCCCACAGAAAUCACACAGUGAUUCCCAUCGAGGAGGCUGCCCCCGAAAACAAGGAACAAAUCCGGAGCCGCCUCGAGCGCCUGAGGGAGCAGAGAGAGGAGCUGCAGGGCCUGAAACGCGCCUGGGAGCAGGAGAGUGAAAGGCUCCUGAUAGGUGCCUGGUGCAGGGAGGCAGCGGUGGCGACAGGGCAGGGGUCUCGGUGCUGCUCCCUGUCCGUGGAGUUGGGAGGGGAGGAAAGAUGUUCAGGGCUGAGGCAGGUGCCUGAGCGCUGUGAGAAGCUCCCCUUGCCUCUAUGCCCUGGGGUCACAUCCCCCAGAAAUGCACCAAGCUUCACCCUGUGGGGUUGGAAAGAGGCACUCUGUGCAGCCCAGAAAAGGUUGGGUGCCAUCUCCCCUGACCCUGCUGUCUCCGUGCUCCUGCCCUGUCCCGUGUCUCCCUGCCCAUCCAAGAGGCAGUCAGAUCUGGGGAGACAGCUGGUGGUGUCCGAGUGCGAGGGGCUGCGCAAGCUCCUGGAUGAACACCAGUGUCUCUUGCUGGCUCGGCUCGGAGAGCUGGAUGCAGAGAUUGUGAGAAGGAGGGAGGAAAAUGCUGCCCGCCUGUUGGAAGAGACUGCCCGCCUAAGCACCCUGAUCAUGGAGCUGGAGGGGAAGUGCCAACGCUGGCCUGAGCUCGUACAGGGUGUCCAAAGCACUGUAAGCAGGGGCAAGGAGGGGACACCUCUGCAUCCAGCCCCCAAGUUCCCUGAGCUGGAGAAGAGAAUCCAGGAUUUCUGUGAAGAAAACAAGUUGCAGGAGGCUGUGAUAGCGUUUCUGGUGGACGUGACCCUGGACCCAAACACGGCUCAUCCCAACCUCGUCCUGUCUCAGGAUCGGAAACGUGUGAGACACAGAGACACACCGCAGGAUCUGCCUGACACCCCUGAGAGAUUUGAUCGUCGUUUCCGUGUCCUGGGCUGUGAGGGGUUCACAAGUGGGAGGCACUACUGGGAGGUGGAGGUGGGAGACAAGACGGCCUGGGCUCUGGGGGUGUGCAGGGAGUCUGUGGACAGGAAGGGCGAGAAGAGCCUGUCACCUGGCAAUGGAUACUGGGCACUGUGCCUGAGUGGUCGGGGAUACGAGGCCUGCACCUCCCCACUGACCCCCCUCCACAUGUGUGUGUGCCCCAGGCGUAUGGGGGUUUUCCUGGACUACGGGGCAGGUGAGGUCUCAUUUUACAACGUGACGGACAGGUCCCAUCUCUUCACUCUCACUCACACCUUCUUUGAGAUCCUGUGCCCUUUCUUCAGCCCUGGUUUUAAUGCCGAGGGCACCAACGCAGCUCCCCUGAUACUGUGGCCAGUCCCAGGCCUGAGGGAAGCCCAGUCACUGCCAUGACACAUGGCACAGAUGGUCCACUCCCAGCAACACUGGGUGCCCAUGGGGUGAGGGUGGGGAGCAGGGGCUGGGGUCUCCCAACUGGUCCCAAAAUUAAUCCAUUGCCAAAUUAAUCCAAUUCUUGACCUGUGGGGAUGGAUAACUUGGCUCUGCAGGCCAGCUCUGGCCCAUGGGCCGAGGUCUGUAAGGAGCAUCUCUACCCUGCCUCCUGCCUAAUUUCAGCCUAACACAGCGAACUACUUCUCAGCGCAGAUCAGUGGUUCUCAGCCUUUUAGAGUGAAGAUGCCACCCUUUAAUAACUCAGGACACCCUCAGAAAAUUCCAGCUCUUUGCUUUCAUUCGUUUUUUGAUACUGAAAAAUAAUCUAGCUGCUCCUGUGUUGCAAAGAACUCAGAAAGGCCAGAAUGGUUCAGAACGGUUUUGACGCUAUGGAUUCCUAUUUGAAAUUUUUGGGCUUUUUUUGUGAAUCAUGUACGUGUUCGCACAGCUACCGGUACUAAGAAGCUUACCAUACCUGCCUGAAAAUCGCUGGUCCAGAUCAAACUGAUAUCAAAGCCCCCUUGCACCCCAAUGUCUCCCCUGUGCUGGGCCAGGGCCUGCCUGUGCGACCCUAUCAGUCUCUGUACUGGUACCCAUCACUGCAAGGCAUGUGGGAGCUGCUGAUGGGCAGGGACAGGAGGGACCUGAUCCACAGCCAGUUGCUGCCCCAGUGAUAGAGGAGAGAAACAGCUUCUCAUCCUUCUCCCUGUGACGCAUAGUGACCAAAGUGACACAGCCCUGCAUGGUCCCCCUCAGUGUUACCCACUUGUCAUUACAAGGGGGUCAUGGGAUGCAUCCUUUCUCAUUUCUUUUCUCAUUUGAGAAUUGGCUCUCAGCCUUUCGGCUCAGAUCAAGUGUAGGAGGCAUCUGAAUCCCAAGACCUCUAGGUAUGGGCCUGCACAUAGGAUGCCUGCCAAUGGAUUUGGGAGUAUCUGAAGUCCCAGGAUGAGAGGCUGGGACGGAGGAUGCUCACUGGUUGUAGCGCCAUACGAGGUGUUUAGAACGACUGAGUUCUGCCUGCUCAGUCAAUAUGGUUUUGGGAACGAUUGAGUUCUGCUCAGUUGGUAUGAUUUGGAACUGAUUUGGCUAAUUUGACCGGGAACACAAAAUAUAUUACAUAAAAAUAAUUUUUUUAAAAAUCGUCCCCAGCACGUGUCAGCAUUGAGCUCCCUGCUUCAGGCCACGGGGCUAUCACUGGGGUCCAGGAAUGUUUCCAGGGCUGAGAGCAAAGUGAACAAGGUUUUCCUGGCCAGACAAGCUCUGGCAGUGCUGCCCUGGUUUCCUGUGGGGAAACGUGUGUGCUUGGCCCCAGGGUCACACUGCCCAGGCCUGUGGCUCCCAUCAGCCAGGCGACCUCCCUGCAUUGUGGAAGCUCUGCCAGGGGAAUGCCACACAGCUUGAGACAUAUUUCAUCCAUGUUCUUUCCUUUUAAUACAUGUGCUGUUUGCCAGGGAUGUAGAGAGGAGCCUGGGGGAGACUGACCAUUGACCUGACCUGCAAUGGCUCUGCUUGUGUUGUGUCCAGAGGGAGAUUCCCAGCAGAGGAGCAAAGGGCAGAGCCCAGCACUGCCAACCCAGAGCCCAGCACUGCAAACGGGCUUGUGCAGUGCUCCCUGCAGCCCCCACAGGCACGGGUUUGUCGUGUACAUCCCCAGGCACCAGCAUCACCUGGCUUGGCUGGAUCAUCCCCACCCAGUGCUGCUCCCAGCCCUCAGCGCACUGGCUGCCAGAGCCCUAGCAUGUCCCAGACCCCUCUCAGCACAGCACAGUGCCCAGGUCCCAUAUCCAGGGAAGGAGGAAAGUGGCUGAGAAGGUGACAAGCAGGACUUGAUUCAGCAUUAGAGACUGUCACCUGCCGUUAUAGCCUAAGCCAACCUAACCACGGCUGGGGUUGGCACGCAGCAACAGGUGGGGCAGUACGGGGAGAGAGCCCAGUGCUGCACAAACCGCAUCUCUCCUGUGCACAAGCCCCAUCUCCCCACACCUCCUCACUGGCUCAGUCCUGGCCUCCCUGAUCUUCAUCUCCCAGCAGUACUGGCCUGUGGCGAGCCCCUCGGAGCCCAGCAUGCAGCGAGCACCGUCAAAUAGCCGGGGGCUGCUGGUGUCUCCUGUCACAACCCUAUGCACAACAGGUGCAUAGGGGCUAAGAAGAAAGGCAUGAUUUUCAAACAAAGGGCCAAUAGAUAUUGAAACAGGUUCAGAGACGGGAUGUGGGAUAGGUUGUCCGCCUAUACCGAUAGCAUUUAAAGUUUCAGGAAAAUAAGGUAGGAAAGGAAUCUCAGAAGCCUUUAGCGUGGAGCGGGACGCUCCAGUGUCGACAAGACAGGAGACAGGUUUACCAGAAAUAAGGCAUUCAACAAACGGACCAGAUUGGUCAGUAGCAAGCAAAGGAGCAAUGAUGUCACUGUCCCUCAGGCUGUCCUAUUCAAUACUGGGAAAACUGACAGGAAGAGGAGCUGGGGGCUGGGUCCUUGGCCGGGGCGGUUGGGGCAUUCUGGUUUCCAAUGUCCUUCUUGCUUGCAAUAAUGACAUUGGUUCCCAUAGCCUGGGUUUUGUGGGCCCGAGGAUCUAUCUCUUCCCCUGAAUCUACCGGGCCUCCCCUUCCCCGUCCUCAUCCCCUUCCUCUACCUGGACCCUGCAACUGAGAAAUCUGUAAGGCCAUUAACUUAAACUCGGUAUUGUCUUUA